AUGGCGGAGAAGAAGGUUAGGUAGGUUUUCUUCACCGUGUGUGUUUGUUUGGCAUAAUUAAGACGAAUCAAAAAAGUUUCCCUCAGUGCAAGCAGCAGCUGUUAAUGUUGAUCUGUUAUUCUACCUUUGUGUGUAUGUGUGUUUGUGUGUGCGUGUGCUCUGUGUGCUUAUUUCCUAUUUCUGUCCAUGAAUGGACGUGUCAAUGGAAUGUCUUGUGUUGGUGACGAUGUUUGCAUGGGUCUGGCAUGCAUGCAUGUGUGCGUGUGUCUGUGUUGAUCCCUUCACAGCCUCCCUGCUAAGCUGAUUAAUGGGGGCGUGGCAGGCCUGGUUGGUGUGACAUGUGUGUUUCCUAUUGACCUGGCCAAGACACGCCUACAGAACCAGCAGGGUGUCCAAGUCUACAAAGGAAUGUGAGUAGGACUCCCCUGGCCUGGGUUAACCUGGUUUACUGCAAUAAAUCUGCCGUAUAAGACAGGGGCUUCCUCAUUUGGAAUGAUACAGAAAGAAUAAAAGGUUUAUUCUUACAUCCAAAUGUAGGAUACAAACAUCCUGUUUUCAAAUCUCUGCUGCUCUCGAUUAAAAGUAUUUAUAAACAUGAUUCCUGCUAACAUCAAUCUGUAAUUUGAGCUAAAACAAGACAAAGUUAUAGUUUUACGAUGAAUCUGAGAGCGUGGGGGGUUAAAACUAAACAAUCUUCCCAUAUUUGGUAUGUUUGUCCUGAACUUCGUCUUGGGAUUAUGUACGAUAAGUGUGUUUUGAUGAACAGCAAUGUUAGCUUUGAUCUGCACACUGUGCACAGUGAUUUGUUUAAAACUGAACAAAUAUUUGAGCAAAUGAAAUAGAAAGAUAUCAUAGUCCAUAUCUUCUUCUUGAGAUGAAGUUCUGCUCAAAAACAAAAUCACUCCUGCAGACAGCGUCCUUAAAAGACAUACUGACUGUGAGUUUGAACUGCUCACAUCUGCUGAGCAUCAAUACUGCCGGUUGGACAGGCGUGGUCAUCAUGUGUUUACCGGCAAAAACGUUUCAGACUGUGGUUUUCCACUCUGAGUCAGACAUGGAAACAAGGUCGGGAUAAUUUCCUCCCUCCAAGAACCAAAUCGCAAGACCUGGCUAUUUCUUUUCUUCAAGGAGCAAAAAGACAAAGCAUCAAUAGACACAGUUCUCUCAUAAUAAUAAAGAAAUCUCAGAAUGGAGACUCUGCAUGUGACCUUAAUUUAUUGAUUUAUUUAUUGUUUAAUUGUGAAGGGCAAGGGCUGUUAAAGUAACAGAUUUUCUCUUUACAUAAUCAUGUCAUGAUAAACAAAAAACCACCAGUCAAAUCAAAGACUGAGAAGACACAGUGGAGCGACACACUACUCCAUAAACUUUGCUGCUGGCUUGAUUAAAAAUCCUUAUCCAUUUUUAAUUUUGUUCAAAGCUACAUUUAAUUUACCUCACCAGGCUCAUGACAGAAAACCUCCUAAGAUUGGAAUUUGUCUCAUGUGAUGCUUUUAUUUUGACAUUUUUACUACCUUGACUAAAGAUUGCUCCAUUUCCUUUAUUGUAAAAACUUUCUUUUAUUUUGAAAUUAAAUUUAUGUUAACCCCAGUUGAACAUCCCAGGAUUUUUCUCUUUUAACAGGGAUGACAAGAUAUUUUAAAGAUUUCACUUCACAAAAGGCUUAUGCAGAGGAUCUUCUGCAUUAAACCUUGACUUUAAGACACUGUUUUUAAAUGAUUAUUAACUAUUUAUUUAAUCUUAAUGACUGUUGGCAGAGUUAGCAGCAAAAGAAGUGAACAUGUCAUGGUUCGAUUAUGGAUCUACUGCCUUAAAGAAUGUAAAAACCAACAAACUGUCAUUUCUGCUCCUCUUUGUUUUGAAAGGCUGGACUGCCUGGCGAAGACGGUUCGCUCAGAGGGCUAUUUUGGAUGUUACAGAGGUAUUCUCUGCAUUUCUAAUCCCCUGUGACAAACAGCACUACAAGUGUGCUUUACUAUAAGCUUAAUCUUUCCUCCUACGCUGUUGUUUCCCUGAGAGUGCUCUAUUAUCAUAUUAGCCCCACUCAUAAGCCCAUGUUGUCCAGGUAUAAGCUGCUGUGUAGGAUUGUUCUAGUUGUGUAACUCCAUGGAGACCUCAGUGUGUCCUGGUCAGCGGUCUGAUUUUAUUUUUCAGGUGCUGCAGUGAACCUCACUCUUGUUACUCCAGAAAAAGCCAUUAAACUGGCUGCCAAUGAUGUCUUCAGACAGAAGCUCUCAAAGGACGGGUACACUGAUUUUUGUCCUUCAAGUAUAUAUAUCACUCAAAUUGACGCUACUUUGAUGUGGAAUUUUGGGUUUGUGUUGAUUUUGCCACCCCUUGUGGACAAAGCAGUAACUUCCUCUCUCUGAUGAUCUUUUAUUUUGAAGUAAAUUUCACUCUACUUUCUUUAAGGAGUCAAAUAUAUCCCUCUGAACCUUUUGCCUUGGAAAAAUACAAAAACACUGUUCUCACAGGUUUAGUGUUACCUGGGCACUUCUGGUAAUUUGAGAAUGUCAGUGUUUGGUUUGGUGCAUUGACAUUGGAUAAUCAGAGUCUGUAAUUUACUUGAAGUUAUUGGCAUUGUCAAUUGAUGAUGCCAAGUUCCUCUAUGACAUCUACCUUGUCUUUGGGUGCAGGAUUAUGAUCUGUGGCAUAUAGCCCACAGAAAAUUUACAACAAUUAGUCUAUACCCACAAAUUUUCAAAAUAAAAACUAUUCAAAAGGAAUGCCAUUUCAUACUGUAUAUAGUUCAUAAGCAAACUAAUAAAACACAAUAAAGCCCAACCUCCUGCUCUACCCCUUUGUUUUCACUUGCUGGACAUAAUAUUUAGAAAGUUUCUGCAUGGGUGAAAUGGUGGUUGCCAAGCAAUAAUAAAUAAAGUGAUGGGCUUCUUUCAGUGCUUUGCAGAAACAUAAUGGUGUACGCCCUGCAUUUUGCAGGUGACUGAGACCUUAAUGUACAGACUGUUAGGACUAUUAAAGGCAACAAACUUGAUUGAAAAGUAGAAACUUAUCCGUAAUGCUGUAAAGCAUGGUGAUUUGCACCACAAUCUUUACCUUAUAAAUUUCAGCUAUGGUCAAUUUGUAAAUACUAAGAAAAGGAACAAAGAAGGAACUUGUGUAAAUAGCGCUGAAAGCUGUUUUGGCAGUAUACUUCAAAUACAAAUGAGAUGUGUAGUUCAUUUUUGGUCAAAGUUAAUGUGAAAUUUCAACAUAUGGAUAUGUACUAGUCAUGUUGUUUUUCAAUAUUCUGUCUGGCAUUACUAUAAACUACAUGUCAGUGUCUGACCUUGCAAUGAUAAAAAAAAAUGGUUUUAUAGGUAUUUGGAAUCAUGCCUCAAAGUUGUUUCUUCUGUAAAACAUAAAAACAGUUAUGGCUCAUCCUGCUCUUUCUGGUUUUUCUCUUUCCAAUGACGCACAGCACUUAAAAUAAAACUAGCCGCUAAAGGUUUUCACUGUGUUCUAGUUGGUUCUUGCAGUCAGUGCCUUAUACUGUAACUGAUCGUUUCAUUGGAACUUUAAAAGACAUUAGAUUAUAUAUAAUCAGAUAUCUUUAUUAAUCUAACACCAAAAGAAAAUACUGUUUUAACUCCACAUUCAGAUUUGAACACUGUUGCAUGCAUACAUUGUUAUAUAUUAUCACCUUUGUUUCAUGUAACUUGAUCUAAUAUGAUGCAGUUAAGAGAUGUUGUUUUUUUUAUUUAGAUAAAUAUUUGACAAUUGAAAAUAACCAACGUGUGUACGUUUCCAAAAAGUAUAUAUUACAAUAAUACUAAUAUUAGUCAGAAGAAUGUUUCAAAGAUGCUGUGAGUGGUUUAUAACUGAUGUUAGUAGAGCAUCAUUCUUACUCUGAUGCCUUUAAAAGGAGAUUUUCUGCAACAAGAUGGUCAGAUUUUUAAACUGAAUUUCAGUGUCUGUGGUUGAGUCAGAUUUCCCUUGAGAACAGCUGAGUCACUCACCCUGAAGUGUUUAUGUUGAGAGCUCUGUUGGUGAAGAUUGGCAGCAGGAUUUUUCUUUUAAUAACUCUGUUUUUUAACAAUGUUUUGUACUCAUGGCAGACAUUGGAGCAGGAUUAGGAAAAAGAUGAAUACUUAACGCUGAAGUAUUGUGUUAGACAGAGAAAUUCUACAAUCACAAUCAGGUCUUUGCGAGGUGAAAGGGCAGAAUUCCUAUGAACAGAAUUUCAUGUCUAGAUAGAUAGAUAGAUAGAUAGAUAGAUAGAUAGAUAGAUAGAUAGAUAGAUAGAUAGAUAGAUAGAUAGAUAGAUAGAUAGAUAGAUAGAUAGAUAGAUAGAUAGAUAGAUAGAUAGAUAGAUAGAUAGAUAGAUAGAUAGAUAGAUAGAAGACUACAGAAUUGAACUGUGUGUAUAUUUAUGUUAUCUGAUAUUUACUGAGACACCACAGCACAUCACUAUUAUCUCACAGUGAACAAUUCACCCUGCAUCCUGCAAAAAUUUGUCUUGAGUUAAGAGGAAAAGUAGCAUUAAUAUGAAGAAUCUUAUUUCAAUGAUUUGCCUCACCAACAACUGCAAGCUUUGAUUAGAGCCCUACUGUAAUAGCAGGAGGUGAGAGUGCUCAUGGUAAAUGUUGUUCGAAUCCCAGAAAAUACUACUGAUUUUGUCCAAAUGGGUCACCAGAAUCAACACAACAUGAAAUCUCAUCACUGUUUCAAGAGCUGAUCUUAAUGUGAGACUUAGUUUGAAUCAGUACAAAGUGUUGAGUUGCAUGAUCUAUUGUGUGCUUUGACAUGAUCCUUUAAGUAAAUUAAUUGCUGUCAGAUGAAGUCAAUAUCUAAAGCUUGUGUACUGGCCUUUGUGAAGGAUUUUAUGGAUGCAUACAGUGGUUUUGAUGUAUGACUUAUCAAACUGUUUGCAGCCAUUUGCCCCUCUGGGGGGAGGUCCUGGCGGGGUGUGGGGCUGGGACAUGUCAGGUGGUUGUUACCACUCCAAUGGAGAUGCUGAAGAUCCAGCUGCAGGAUGCUGGAAGGCUUGGUGAGUCUGUGAUCAGAUUAUUAUUUUUAGUACUAUUUUCUAAUUCACUGUACUAAAAUUCAUAUUGGUUUGAAAAGAUCUCGGCACUCACCCAUUUUUUUUUUAAAGUAAUACAAAAUAAAACAUUGGUGAGUCUAGGUUGUCCUUGUAUGUGUUUGCUAACCUUGGUUUGUUUGUUUGUGUGUCACUCUCAGCCGCUCAGAGGCCUGUAAGAACUCCAGCUCAGGCUGCUGCUCCUGGCCCAGCUCCGUCAUUAGUGGCUCCUCCGCCGGCACGACAGAACCCUCCACCUCGGCCCUCAGCUACCCGCAUCACUGUGGAGCUGCUGAAGACCCGAGGACUGGCUGGUCUCUACAGAGGGGGAGGAGCCACUUUAAUGAGGUCCUUUACACAGACAUAAAGAUGCACACUUGUUUUGAGUAUAUUGAAUUGGGUAUACUUGUCCUUUUUCCUAUAAGAUCAAUGCCAAUGCACAUAUUUACUUUACUAUUUUACAUUAAAACAAUUGAUAAAUAAAAGACAGAGCUAACUGCAAUAGGUGUGAAUGCAUAACAGUCAAUCAUUAUCUAUAAACUAAGAUUUUGAUUAUAUAUAGUGAAUAGAAAUACAUCUUAAAUUACUCUUCCAUACUUCAAAAUGUUUUCAAAUGCAUUUAGCUGUUUUAUGCUUUCUGUCUUGAAUGUAGGUGAAAGGAACUAUUUUUGUCAAGUAGCUAAGAGACACAUUUAUUUACUGUUGAAAUUUUCUGUAAAAUCUACAGAGACUGUUUUCUGGAUCUCUCUUGUGAUCGUAAUGUAACAUUUUUAUACUUCACUCCAGUAUUUCCAACCACAAAAGCCUCCACGUCCACAACCACUGAGACUGUGUUCAUCAGUUUUUUUCUCAGCUCCGCUGCUGCUCUAAUGAAUUUCCUUGUUAUUGCAUAACUCACACAGUGUUAGUUGUAUUUCCUGACACCUAGUGCAAUCAGGACAAAUCAAUAUCUUCCUGCAGCUAUGUCUGCUACUGUGCUGCAGUUAAAUAUGGCCAUGUAUCCUUAUCUGGUGGCCCCUCCCACUUUGCUACAGUCCAUCCCUUUCCUGCUCUAUACCUAAACAAAUCCAUACGCAACUUCUGUCACUCAAUUUCCUUUUCACCUCAUUUAAUCUGAUCAUUUAUUCAAAUUCUAUUUCCAGGGAUGUCCCCUUUUCAAUGAUAUACUUCCCGCUGUUUGCCAACCUAAACGCUCUGGGCCGGGAAAGUGUGCCAGGACAGGGUGAUGUGCAGGCCCAGGCGCCUUUCUGGCAGUCUUUUAUGGCUGGCUGCAGUGCAGGAUCUGUGGCAGCUGUGGCUGUAACACCGCUGGAUGGUGAGUGGAACAAAAACACAGACUGAUGACAAAAAAUGACAGAACAGAGGUGGGAUGUCAAUGCGUUUGAUGGCUGUAUGGGCAGCAAGUGGAGCUUGAUUUGUCAGUCUAAUUUGGCACUCCAAUAUGUGAAUAUUUUGAAACAUCCCAGGCGAAAUAAUAUUUUCUUAUUCAAUCAAAAGCUGAUUUAAUUAGCAUUAAAACACUGUUUUUCUUUAAGUAAUGCCCCUAAUAAUUUUGUUACAACAGCCUUUGUUUACAAAGACUAAGAAGCUUAUUUUGAUAUUAGUGGCAGUAUCCAAAGGCUAUGCACUGUUCACACAUUCAGAACUACCAUUGUUAUAGACCUUGACUGCACAACAGGAAGGAGGCAUUCAAGAAAAAGCAUUAAAUAUACUUAUAACAAUCAUUGAAAGAAUUCAAGGUCAACAUGUUUUUGUGGGAUUUGCAUAAUGUGCUUACAUUCCAAAAUGCUGAAACUGAAGAGUUUGUUAACUUGAUGUUUUUUUUUACAAUGAUAAGUACUAAGCACAAACAGCUGUGUCAAAACAAAUACUUGGUUGGGUUGAGUUAUUGCAUUGAUGCUGUGGGCGUAGAAGAAUCUGUCUGUGCUCACCUGUGCAUUUGGGUCAGGUGUUUCUCAUCUUCCUCUUCAUUAAUAUCACACAGAUUCUUUCUGGGGUUCAGGCGAGGCCAAUUGGAUGGCUAAUCAAGAAAACCAUUUGUUAGUAGUUUUGGCACUAUAGGCAGGUGCUGAGUCCUGUUGGAAUUUAAAUGAGCUUCUCCAUGAAACUUGUCAACAAUGGAGGCAUGAAGAGCCCUUAAAUCUCCUGUCCGACUCUAGGCUGACUCUGGAAUUGGAAAAACACAGCAGACUAACAGCAACAGAGGACAUAGAGCCUAAAACCAUAGACUAGAAACUCCAUACAGGACUUUAAACAGACUGGAUUCUUUGCCUCUCCACCUCCUCUAGACUCUAGGGUCUUGAUUUCCGUUGAUGAAAUGCAAAAUUUAUUUGAAUCUGACAAGAGGACUCUGGACCAUUGAGCAAAAGUCUGGCUCUUACUCCAUGGGAGACUAAACCUGAGACAACAUCAGAAGAAAGUUCUUCUAUCUGGUCAUCACUGUUGCUUGUGCAUCUUUUCUUACUAUUCGUCUCUUUGCUAGUCAACGUUCUAUAAUCGGCAAGACUUUUCAGCAAUCACCCACUUUGACUUACUCACCUUGUGGGAAGUAUUGAUCAUUUUAGUUUACGUGAAAUGUAUGAAAUUCUCACAAUUUUAAAUACUGAACCUCCUCGUUUAAAUUAUUUUAGAUGCACCUGAACUUCAGGGGUGAUAGCCAAAGCUUAUUUGUGAUACCUGCCUCUAGAUGUGCCUUCAAACACACAUUUAAUUCAUGAAUUGUGGAAGUUUCCAGCACUAAAUAUGCAGCUUGAAUUUACUCACUUUACUUAAAUAAUAAAAAAAAAAGUUGGGAGUAAUUUCAAACUGACUAUUUAUAUGUGACGUAAUUAUUGAACCAAUGCAGCUUUUGACUCUAACAGCUACAUGAGCAUUUGUUAUUUUGCAAUGGUAUAAUUUUUCAGGUUUUACUUUCAGUCCCAUUUGAGCUGAUGUAAAGACUUUCUCCUCUGUACAGUUAUCAAGACUCGUCUACAGACAUUGCAAAAAGGUGAAGGGGAGGACACGUACAGAGGAAUCAUUGACUGCACACGGUAAGAUUUCUGCCCCGACAAAAAGUAUAACCUAAAUGUUUGCAAUGGGUGAGAGAAAUAUAAGUAACUUCCUUGGUUUCCUCCUGCCUGUGCACUUUUGUAGGCGCAUCAUGACACGAGAGGGCCCAUCAGCAUUCCUCAAGGGUGCGACGUGUCGAGCUCUGGUCAUCGCUCCUCUCUUUGGCAUUGCACAGGGUGUCUACUUUCUAGGAGUGGGGGAGACGGUGCUAGGGUUGCUGGGAUAG